AUACAUUGGUCUCCAUUUCAGUAUUUAUGUUUAUUCUUAUUAUUUUUAAUAUGUUUGUUUGUGUCAAGGUAUUUUUCAAAGAUGCAAUAACCCCACCUCACAGAGCUCCACAGGAAAAGUCACAUUUCCUAAAGGAAGGUAGAAGUACGUCAAGCGUCUGUUUCUCUCGAAAGAAACAUUCAACUGAGUCCAGCAGCUUCUUCUCAAGAACAGCCGAAUCUCUGCAAACACUGAGUGUCAAUAUGUCUGCUGCCAGCAGUCUGCGAACUGAAGAUGAGUUUCUCUGCUCCAUCUGUCUGGAUGUGUUCACUGAUCCAGUCACCAUACCAUGUAGACACAACUUCUGUAAAACCUGCAUCACUAAACAUUGGCAAAUUAAUGUUCCCUAUAAGUGUCCCAACUGUAGAGAGGUUUUCUAUACAAAACCUGAGCUGCAGGUCAAUACUUCAAUCUCAGAGAUGGCUGCUCAGUUCAGACCGUCAGCUCAACAGAAACCAAAAGAAAUUCCCCGUGAUAUCUACUAUGGAUCCAAAAAUAAGACCUGGAUGUUCUUCCUGCUGUGUCUGAUGUGUGUCGUCAUGGCCUGGAUGGUUUCAAAACAAAAGAAGCAUCUUGUUGGUCCUCAGAAAGAAGAAUAUGAAGCAAAGAAAGCUGAGCUGGGGAAGACGGGAGCUGAAAUCCAGCAGAUGAUCCAGAAGAGACAAAUGAAGAUUCAGGAGAUCAAACACUCAGUGGAGCUCAGUGAUGAAGAUGCUGACAGAGAGAUAUCAGAAGGUGUUCAGAUCUUCACUGCUCUGAAGGAGUCUCUGAAGGAGUAUAUUGAGAGAAGCCAGGCCGAGCUCAUAUGGAUGAUCCAAGAGAAGCAGAGAAUGACAGAGGAACCAGCUGAAGGCUUCAUCAAAGACCUGGAACAGGAAAUCUCUGAGCUGCAGAAGAGAAGCACUGAGGUGGAGCAGCUCUUACAGUCUGAAGACCACCUCCACCUCCUCCAGAGCUUCACGUCCCUGAAUGCUGUUCCACCCACCAAGGACUGGACAGAAGUCAACGUCCGUCCACCUUCAUAUGAGGGGACUGUGAGGAGAUCUGUGACUCACCUAGAGGAGACGCUCAGUGAACAGUUGAAGAAACUACUAAAGGUCGAGCUAAAGAGGGUCCAGCAGUCUGCAGUGGAUGUGACUCUCGAUCCUGAUACAGCACAUCCUGCUCUCAUCCUGUCUAAUGACAGAAAACAAGUUAAACAUGGUAAUGUGCGAAAGAAUCUGCCAGACAAUCCAGAAAGGUUUGAUAAAUGUGUUAUUGUCUUAGCAAACCAGAGUUUCUCUUCAGGAAGAUUUUAUUACGAGGUUCAGGUUAAAGGGAAGACUUCGUGGGAUUUAGGAGUGGCCAGAGAGUCGAUCAACAGGAAGGGACAAAUCACACUGAGGCCUCAGGAUGGUUACUGGACGAUAGUGUUGAGAAAUGACAAGGAGUACAAAGCUGCUGCUGGCCCUAAUGUCCAUCUGUCUCUGAAGUCUCGGCCUCAGAAGGUGGGGGUGUUUGUGGAUUAUGAGGAGGGUCUGGUCUCCUUUUAUGACGUUGAUGCUGCAGCUCUUAUCUACUCCUUUACUGGCUGCUCCUUCACUGAGAAACUCUACCCAUUCUUCAGUCCCUACCUUAAUGACGGUGGUAAAAACUCUGCCCCUCUGAUCAUCUCUCCUGUCAGUCACUGA